UCGCUGUGGCAGGGUCGGUUGAAGCGGAUGGGGUCAGAGGCGGGCUACACGUUGACAGCUGGAACAUAAGGAAGCAUCGCAGUCAGGCGGGCAGACGCGUUUAUGUUCAGCGCAAGUCAUGUUCACGAAAGGUAAAGGGAACGCGGUGCCAUCGGACGGGCAAGCUCGGGAAAAGUUGGCAUUGUACGUCUAUGAAUAUUUGUUACACGUGGGAGCUCAAAAAUCUGCACAGACGUUUUUAUCAGAGAUAAGAUGGGAGAAGAACAUAACCCUUGGUGAACCACCAGGUUUUCUGCACUCUUGGUGGUGUGUGUUUUGGGACCUGUACUGCGCAGCACCUGAGAGAAGGGACACGUGUGAUCACUCCAGUGAAGCAAAGGCCUUCCAUGACUAUAGUGCUGCUGCAGCACCCAGUCCAGUCCUAGGCAACAUACCUCCCAGUGACAGCAUUCCAGGUGGACCCAUGCCCCCCGGAUUCUUCCAGGGACCACCUGGUUCCCAACCCUCCCCUCACACUCAGCUACCUCCCAACUCUAACAUGAUGGGGGCGCAUGGACAGCCUUUUAUGUCUCCUCGCUAUGCUGGAGGACCUCGGCCACCCAUCAGAAUGGGUAACCCGCCUCCAGGUGGGCAGCCUUUACCUCCAAAUAUGAUGGACCCUACACGACCAACAGGCCAUCCAAAUCUGGCACCUCUGCAGAGAAUGAAUGCUCCUCGAGGAAUGGGCCCGAUGGGACCGGGACCACAGUCUGAUCCUUGGUUAUUACAGAGCUAUGGAGGAGGAAUGCGGCCUCCAAACUCCAUGGGCCCUGGAAUGCCAGGGGUGAACAUGGGAGCAGGAGCAGGAAGACCGUGGCCUAAUCCUAAUAAUGGAAACACGAUACCAUAUUCCUCAUCAUCCCCAGGAACAUAUGUGGGUCCUCCUGGAGGAGCAGGAGGUGGUGGUUGUCCUCCAGGUACACCCAUCAUGCCAAGUCCAGCAGACUCCACUAACUCGGGUGAAAACCUCUACACAUUGAUAAACUCGGUACCACCGGGAGGAAACAGAUCUAAUUUUCCUAUGGGUCCUGGGUCAGAUGGCCCAAUGGGAGGACUGGAACCACAUCACAUGAAUGGCUCACUGGGUUCAGGUGACAUAGAUGGAAUCUCAAAGAACUCUCCUAAUAAUCUAAGCAGCAUGAGUAACCCACCAGGAACGCCACGAGAUGACAGUGAACUAGGUGGAAGUUUCCUACACUCUUUCCAAAAUGAAAACUACUCACCGACAAUGACAAUGAGCGUGUGAAAGAAAAGCUCCGGCACCACGAUACCACAUGUCUUAAAGAAAGAACAAGGACCAACUUCACCAAGAACCAAGAGUGAGUCUAAUCUCGCUCAUCCAUGGGAAUCAAAUCCUACAGCUCUGGAAGAGAUGGAUGCAUCUCAUUUCAGCACAGAUAAGAGGAAGGACCCGUCUGAGAAGAGAGCUCUAAUAUUUUUAAACCACUCUGAUAUUUUCAUGUAAAAUUUGAAAUUGAGAAAUUGAGUAGGCAUCUAUGCUAAAAUUAUUAUAUUUCAGAACCACACUUUGGAUGUAGUGCAGAAUAGUAUGUACUUCAGGGAAGAUAUGCAGCAUUUGUUUAACAUUCCAUUUAGAGUAUAUUAGGAUAUAAUAUCUGAUAUUUUAAAAAGCCUCAGAAUAAGUUUGUCACGCUAUAAAGGCUUUCUCGAAAAAUGCUUAAUCCAGAGAAAGUUUGGGUUACAGUGGAACUGAUAUGCACCAGUGCAGAUCAUUCAGCUAUCAUGGCCUUCAUACUUGGGAAAUACAAUGAACCGUUAGCAAAAUUAAAAUGACUACUUCUGUUCCGUGACACAUUUUCUAACAAUGGAUUUUACUGCUGAAGCCUUCAAAUGAGCAUAAUGUGGGACAUUUUUUCCAGUGUUUUUGGGUGAGAGUUUGGUCAAACACAGCAUCAUGCAACACUGAAUCUUCUUUCACUGGCCUAGUUUUUGUUUUCCUUUGUGGUGUUGUAUUACGUUUUGACCCGUUAUUUCCCUUUAGUCAAGAGUUAGAAAUGUGCUGCAAACACCCAAAAUAUAGCUAUUUAACUAAAUUUAGCCAAUAAGCAAUGCCCUAUCGCGAUUUUGAUAACCGUUUUUUUGUUUCUGCAUAUUUUUUGAGACGUGUAAAUAUUUGUAUUAACAGCCAAAACAAACUGAACAACUUUCAGAGGCGCAGUGAAUACUGAAGUGUCUAUAUAAAAAGUAAAAAUUCUUGGGAUGGACACAUGGUUCGCCACUGAUACCGAUUAGCUGUCCUUUCUAUCCCCUGUUCACUGAACAAGCUUGAAAAAAGUUGAAACACUUUCCAAAAAAAUUUUGAUUUUUGUAAAAUUAUUUUUAAAAUAUAGUACACUGAAAAAGGGGUGAAUUUUUUUUUUUGCUGAGUUUGUAUAAGUUUCUCUUCCCUAGACUGUCUUAAUAUUUUGCCGCCUUACUUGACCUGUUACAUCAUGUUGUUUAGCCUUUACUGUAUGUAUUAUGUUCCUUGGAAUACACAGUGGAAUGACUUGUGUAAUUUUUAUGAUUAAAUUAUUUUUUGUUUAUACAACUA